AGGGCCCCGCGUCGCCAUGGCCGCCUGAGGCCCCCGCGCCCGCAGCCGGCGCCGCCCGCCCGCGGGGCAGCGGGGCAGGGCCCGACCCCUCCGAGCCAGCGGGCUGGGCCCGGCCGAGCCUGCGGGAGAUCUUGGCUCGUGAGUGACUCUUUAGCAAUCCCAACUGGAACCUCACACCAAAAGGCACCAUGAUAGUGAUGACUGACGUCGCUGCAGCCCCCAGACUGGGGUCAACUGUCGCCACUCCAGCUGUGUCUCCCAACUUCUCUUGGAUGGCAGAGAAUGGCAGCCCCACAGCUGUGGAGCAGCCAAUAUUCCUUAUGACCACCGCUGCUCAGGCCAUCUCAGGUUUCUUUGUAUGGACAGCUUUGCUCAUCACCUGCCAUCAGAUCUACAUGCACCUUCGCUGCUAUAGCUGCCCAAACGAGCAGCGCUACAUUGUUCGGAUCCUCUUCAUUGUGCCCAUUUACGCCUUUGACUCGUGGCUCAGUCUCCUGUUCUUCACCAAUGACCAGUACUAUGUUUACUUUGGCACAGUGCGGGACUGCUAUGAAGCCUUUGUAAUAUACAACUUUCUCAGCCUCUGCUAUGAGUACUUGGGAGGGGAGAGCUCCAUCAUGUCUGAGAUCAGAGGGAAACCAAUUGAGUCCAGCUGUGUGUAUGGGACUUGCUGCCUGUGGGGAAAGACCUAUUCGAUUGGAUUCCUGAGGUUCUGCAAACAGGCUACCCUGCAGUUCUGUGUGGUGAAGCCCCUCAUGGCGAUCAGCACAGUCAUCCUUCAGGCCUUUGGCAAGUACCAGGAUGGUGACUUUGAUGUAACCAGUGGCUACCUCUAUGUGACGAUCAUCUACAACAUCUCUGUCAGCCUGGCACUGUAUGCCCUCUUCCUUUUCUACUUUGCCACACGUGAGCUGCUCAGUCCCUAUAGCCCAGUCCUCAAGUUCUUCAUGGUGAAGUCUGUCAUCUUCCUGUCCUUCUGGCAAGGGAUGCUAUUGGCCAUCUUGGAAAAGUGUGGUGCCAUCCCCAAAAUCCACUCUGCCAGUGUGUCUGUGGGUGAAGGCACAGUAGCUGCUGGGUAUCAGGACUUCAUCAUUUGCGUGGAGAUGUUCUUUGCAGCCAUCGCCCUGCGCCAUGCCUUCACCUACAAGGUGUAUGUGGACAAGAGACUUGAUGCCCAAGCUGUUCCAUCCUAUGGGCCAUACGGUCGCUGCGCUCCCAUGAAGAGCAUCUCCAGCAGCCUCAAGGAGACCAUGAACCCCCAUGACAUUGUCCAAGAUGCGAUCCACAACUUCUCCCCAGCCUACCAGCAGUACACUCAGCAGUCGACGCUGGAGCACGGUCCCCCCUGGCGCAAUGGCAGCCACAUCAUCUCACGCUCCCACAGCUGCUCGGGUGCCCGCGACAACGAGAAGACCCUCUUGCUGAGCUCCGAUGAUGAGUUCUAGGAGGGGGAGCUGCCAGCACAGGCUGUCAUUUUCCUUUUUUGGUUGGGUUUUUUUUUUGUUAUUUUUUUUAAUUUAUUGAAGCAGAAACGUGCAAGUCGUAUCACUUCCUAGAGAGUGUAGAUUGCAGAAGUGGGCACUUCCCAUUGGCUUGUGUGGGUAUGGACACAAUGAGCAGUGUGGAGAUGGGGGAAUGGCCAGGACUCCAUUCUCGAGCCCAUUUCUUGCAGCAGCAAUUGACUGGAAUUAAUUGAAGCAGAGCUCCAGGGUUUGGGGCUCUAGCCUCCCACACCUGCCUAGCUUGGUGUGGAGCAUGACUGACCAGAGCCUGGAGUUGUGGCCAAAAAUAUUGUUGUUUGUUUUUUUCUCCAACUGGACAAGCUGACUGCUUUGUAUUCCUCUUCCUGAGGUUGGUGUAGGCAUAGUUUUAUCCCCCGGCACCUUGGUACUAACAUCUCUGUGAUCCUUGGAAAAUGGGAUUAGGAUGCCAUGAUUCCUGAGGACCAGACCAGAGAUUGGUGUCUCUAUAGCCACUGCCUUGAACAUUUAGUCAGGAAUAUCUCUCCCCACCUCCUAAGCACCUGGUUGUGCAGUCCUGAACUUGAGUGAGCGAGGGGGAAAAAGGCAGGACUUUCUUCCUGUUCCUUCCCUCCCUGCAUCCCCCCUGCUCCCCAUCAAAGCUGGUGCUUGUUGAAGCUCAGCAGGGCUGGAAUCACUGUCUCACAAGGGCAGGGUUUUCUAAUCACCAGGUGUCCAGGCAUCCCAUUUCGCCUGCAUUCUUGUGGUGAGAAGCCUCCCUGGAGGGUCUGUCUCCUGCUAAGAAGGCUGAGGACUGGCCAUGAUAGGUGGUGGAAGUUUGUAAAGCUUUGGCCCUUUCAUCCCUCUUUGGAAAAGGAAGAUAUGUAAACUCUAAAGUGUUUUUUCUUCCUGUUUCCUGUCCCCCAGCAGUAUAGCUGCCUCUCUUACAGGUGUGGAUUGCACCAGGUAGCUGCCAGAGCAGGUCCUGGUGUCUCACAGAUCACUCCCCCUGGUUGUCAUCGCUGACUUUGACUUUCCCUGUGAGCUGCACAAGUUUUUGCCCUUAGGCAGGGAUGUUGCACACUCCUCCUUUGCUUUUUUUAUCUCCAUAGGUGUUCUGGGCCUAACCAGAGCAGACUUGAAACCUGACCUGACCUGGCUGGUUAAAAUUGUCCUUCUUAGUUUCCCAGGCUGCUGCUGCUGCAGCACGUAUCACAGGUCCUGGUAUCAAGGGUGGAGCCAGCAGCUAUGGGAGUGGGAAAAGAAGCUUUCCCUUUCUUUUGUUGGAUUUUGGAUUGGCCCCAUGGUAUUUAGUCGAGCUGAAAUUAAAAUGACCCCUCUGUAGAUCUAUCUGGGGACCAUGAAAUGCCUCUUGCUUGCUUCAGAUUGUUGAGGGGAGGUGGUGGGAGCCCAUUUGAAGGCCAUAGGUCAAAUGCUCCUAGCAAGCAAGCAGCAGAUUUGAGAGGUCAGAGCAAGCUGCUGUGUUCCUCUUGGCUGUAGUUUCUCUGUUCCUCUCCUGCUUUAUGUCUACCCUGCCAUCAGCAGACCUGUGUGUUUCCAGAUUGCCCCUCGUUGCUCUGCUAGGAGCAGCAGGGUCUAUUUUACUGCCUGGCCUUUACCUUUCCUCUUGCAUCCCAAGCUCUGUCCUUGUGCAUUCACUUUCUCGGAAAUGACUGAGCGAAGAGCACCUUGUUUCCUCAGCGCCCCUGCCAGAAGUGUGUGGUCAGGAGCAGGGGGGAAAAAGGUUUGGAGAGGCAGGUUUGCUCCCUGCUGUGAGGGUAAGAUAGAGUAAGGCUUUAGGAGAGUGUCUUUUUCCAUACUCACCUUUCUAGGGGGAGCAGGGGGGAGCAACAGGGCUCUCUCUAGAGAGUUGGAGGCAGGGUCAGUGGAUCCAACAGCUUCUGUGCUGCUGUAAUUCCCCAUUUGUACACAUCCUGCAAUGUCAUGCAGUUACUGACUGCUUUUCAAAAACCUGUUGCUGCUUAAAUGGACAGGCAAUUGCUAUCUGCCAGGCUUUGUGUGGGCUUGGUGUUAAACUCUUUUUCCUCAUGCCAUAAGCCUCCUGGAAGGCAGAGCUGAAGAUUGGGCUUUCCUUCCAUCUUCCACAGCUUUGAUUAAUAAUCCUUUAGUGUGAGGGGUGUCCCUCUCUCUCUGAGGAAAGUGGAGCAUGGGACAUGAUCCCUUCCUCCUCCCUUGCAUUUGCAGGUCUUGAUGAUGUCCCAGUGUCAUUUAACUGGUGACUCUCCCCAGCCUUUGUUGUGUUGGGUGGCCGAGAUCUGAAACCUUUGGGCUUGCCCUGUUGAGCUUGAAGAUGAUCCAGGCUUGGGGAAGCAUUUUUUUAAAAUUACUUUGAAUGUAUGCUGCAUAUAUAUAUACUGUGCAGAGGAUCUGGAUAUUCUCAAAGCUUCCUGUAUGUAGUGGUUUAAAGUAUAAAUAACCCUUUUGCACUAGCUGCCUUUGGAAAAGCCUGAUGAAGAACUAGCACCCAAACAACAGCCAGAUGCCAUGCAUUAUAAUUUUUUAUAUAUAUAUAUUUUUAACACCACACAAAAUCAUAUCUGAGCUUCCUGCACUCCCUCACAACAGGUAAGUGCCAGAGCAAGGACUGGCUCCGAUGCCACUCUGGUUUGGAGGAACAAAUGUAAGACCCAGAGCUUGAGACCAAGGCAUCCAUGGUCUUGCAGGUCUGCUUGCAGUAGCCCAGGGCCCCAACAAACAUGUUAGUUCCUGGAGUAGGCCCUUGGAGCUGCUCUCCCUCACCUGCUUCCCCUUUCCUUCCUUC